AUGGAGGGUAGACGUAGUGGACUAGGCCGAGGGCGCAGACCUAGGCAAUCUUUGAAUGAAGACGGUAAUCGCGAACCAGUACCUAAACAGAAUUGGGAACCAGGGGUCAAUCCUAAUACCCAAGUAGUCACAGCUAUUCAGCGCAUGAUCGAUCUUUUAGCCCAUAUAGUGGAUUACCCUGAUGUGGCCGAGAGGUGGCUAGAGAAAAUGAUUGAUAUUUUCGCCGCUUUGCAUUAUACUGAGGAUAGACAGCUGACUUUUGCUGUCUUCCAGUUGGAGAGAGCAACCUGUUCUUGGUGGAAUGUGAUAAGAAUGAAGUGGGAAAGAGAGCAAACCCUAAGAACUUGCGUAAACUUCAUGAAGGAGUUUAAUGCAAAAUAUUUUCCGCCUCUGAUUCAGAAGAAAAAGAAGGAUGAGUUUAUUAGGGUUCGCCAGGGAGCUCAAACUGUAGCUGAGUAUGAAAGUCAAUUUACUAGAUUAUCUAAGUUUGCUCCCGAACUAAUCGUGACCGAGCAAAGGCGAAUAAGGCGAUUUGUUGAAGAGAUGAAUGUUGAGAUUCAAAAGGAUUUAGCGGUAGCCCAAAUCAAUACAUUUAGUGAUGUGGUAGAGAAAGUCCAACAGGUCGAGAGUACGAGGCUACAAGUUAGAACCUUUCAAGUGAAGAAACGGGGUUUGCCUGGUAGUAGCUCGGGACAAGGGAACAAGAAUGCACCUCCUAAGUUUGGAAGAGGGACUGACAGAAUAAAACUUCCGGAGAUGCCAAGAGGAGCCCCGUCAAGAGGAAGUCUAGGUGGGAGAGAACAACAGAGAGGUGCAUCACAAGAAGGCUCGACAUUAGCUUCCCGUGUUUCUUGUGGUUAUUGUGGGAAGCCGAAUCACACAGAGGAAAAUUGUUGGAGGAAAGAAAGAAAAUGCUUACGCUAUGGAAGUGCCGAUCAUCAGAUUGCUAAUUAUCUAGUUCCACCUCGAGAAGAGAGUAGGACCUAG